ACAACUUCUGGAGCAACUUACCUAUACAUAUCAAUAGUACACGUACGUAUUCUUGGGUCUUUCGGUAAAGUCACAUAGAUAGGUUCAAAGAAAAUAACAAAAAUAACAAAAAACUACGAAAUUUUGAUCGCAACACAAGCAAUGAGUUGACCUUGGGGAUGAGGCCCAGGACUGGUUCAGGUAACUGCUGGUGUUGGUGGUAGCCGUGAGUGGGAAUCGAACUCGGGUCUCUGCUGGAUUAGGAGUUUAGUGCUAACGGUACAGACAGCAUGCCCUAUGCUGUGGAAGAAUGAGUUUAUCUCUCUUUACUCACCUCAUAUCAGAAACAUCAAAAUUGAGUCUUCUCUCUGAUGUAUAUGGACAACAAAGCUCUGAUUUAGAUCUAUGGAGAUGGGUACGGUAUCCGUGUAAAUCUUGAGGCUGGUGUUUGUGCACCAAGGCCAGGAGUUCAAAUUCCAGGCAGUGUCUCGUGAUGUAAAUGACGACAAUUAAAAUAGCUUAAGGUUUUAACUUCCUUCUUCACCGUCGCUAUAAAGGGAGGUCCUGGUCCAACGUCUCUCUGAACCACACAGCGAACAAUCCAAGUGAAGUCAUGAUUCAUGGCCAGCGCGACUCCCAGUGAGAGUGUGGACGGUGAUUUGUGCUGCUCCAUCUGCCGGGGCACGUUCGUCUGCCCCUAAAUGCUGAGCUGCACUCGUUCUGCCUCCGGUGCCUGGAGGCAGCCUGGGAAACGGCGAGCAGCUGUCCGCAGUACCGAGUGGCCUUCUCUGCAUGACCCCAGCUGAGGAAGAACGUGGCACUCACCAACCUGGCGGAGCAGCUCAGAGUUGGAGACAAAAUGGCCAUGACCGUCGUGUGUGACAUCUGCAGUGACGGCCAGACUCCUGCAAUGAAGACCUGCCUGAGAUGUGAGAUGUCCUACUGUUUUUCCCAUUUCAAGCCUCACUUGGAUAAUUCAAGAUUGAAAGACCACGCCGUUGUGGAUCCCACUGGAAGCUUGGACGAGCGAAUAUGCCCUGAGCACAGUGAGGAGUUGAAAUUCUACUGCACAGUAGACAGCAGCUUGGUCUGCUCAUCUUGCAACAUCGCAGGUGAACACAAAGGACAUGAUGUCACCACACUGAAGGACGAGCACGAGAAACGGAAGAUGUACGUAGGAGAGGAGACACGAGCAGUGGAGGAGAAGAUAAAUGAGACGGAAAAGUACUUGAAGCGGAUGUAUACCGCUCACAGGAAGGCGAAGAAAUCGGUGGCUGGAAUCAGGGGUUGCAUCACAAGCAAGUUCGCCCGCCUAAGGAAGGCUCUGGACGAGGACGAGAGGGAGGCUCUACGUCGUGUGGGCGUGAAGGAGCGCGAGCUGCUGUCCCGGAUCGAAGAGAACAUCGCUCGUCACAAGGGGGAGAUCGCCGAGCUCCAGGCAGCGGCCACUCGCCUGGGCACUCUGCAGCUUGAGAAGGACUCGCUCACCUUCCUGCAGGGACACCUGGAGACGAUGUGCAGGAGAGAGAUCCCAACGGAAUCCGCACCUCCACCUCCAACUUCACUGGACGCCACCACGAUCAGCUCCCUUGAAAGAGUCGUUAACAGAUUCCUGCCUCUCGUCUAUGGAUGCUCACCGACUCUGGACACAAACUCAGCCUACGACCUCCUCCAGAUUUCCUCAGAUCUCAGGACGGUGACGCUGAACGAUGUCCCCCAGGGUCGCCUCCAUCACCCACACCGGUUUAAUUACUGGGACCAAGCCCUGUGCUCUGAGAGCUUCUCGUCGGGUCAGCACUAUUGGGAGGUGGACGUGGGGAAUUCGGGGUGGUUGUGUAGGAUUGGAGUCGCGUAUGCGACGAUCCCACGGAGAGGGCGUGGUGCUGAGUGCCGCCUGGGAGGGAGUGACGUCUCCUGGUGUCUACAGAAAUAUGGCAACAGCUUCUCAGUGCUGCAUGGCGGGGUAGAGACCUCACUGUCGGUGCCAGAGCCUCUACGGAGAGUCGGGGUUCAUCUGGACUGGGACGUGGGGCUCCUGUCUUUUUACAGCGCCAACUCCAUGGUGCUCUUGCACUCUUUUCACCAAACCUUCGCUCAGCCCCUAUAUCCUGGGCUGUACGUGGAUGGGUUGUUGUACGGUAACGUUGGUGACUCGGUGAGGAUUGUGGAUCUGAGUGGUGCUUCCUGAGAGAGGUGAACGUGAACAUCGUAGAGAGCAGACACCAGAAUGCACGGCACUCGCCACUGUCGUCACCGUUACGUGCAGUGUUACGCCUGUUACUAGUUGGUGGUUAUGAGUGCGCGGCUCUCCAUUAGAAUGGGGGCUGAGCGUAAAAAAUCCUCACAUCCUUUCUAGGGGGGUGAUAAAAUAGGUACUUCUAGACUUGAAGCUUUCGUGACUGCAAGGAAUCAUAUUCUUAGGUGUUUUCGGUAAAGUCACGUAGG